AUGGAAGUCGAACAAAACAACAGAUUUUCUUUCUUGGAUGUCCUAGUCACGAGAAGAACAGAUGGCUCCCUGGGUCACCAAGUUUACAGGAAACCUACGCACAUCAACCGAUAUCUCCAUGCCAAAUCACAUCAGCGCCCAGCUCAAAAACAAUCGGUCCUCGAUUCGCUAAUAUACAGAGCAUUAGCCAUUUGCGACAAGAACCGCAUCCAAAGAAAUCUCAAGGAUCUCAGGAACACUCUUCAAAAUAAUGGCUACACGACAAAAGAACGUAACUCCAUCACCACCUUCCUUCGAUACAUACAGGGAAUUACGGACAAAAUUGGCAGAAUCCUGAAAAAACACAAUAUUAAAACCAUCUACAAACCACCAACAAAAAUAGGACAGUAUCUGAACAACCCAAAAGACAGAAGACCUCCACUAGACACUUCUGGAGUAUAUCGUGUCCUUUGCUCCUGUGGCAAAAUCUAUAUAAGAGAAACUGGGAGGAUGGUGAGCACACGUAUGAAGGAACAUCAAAGCGCAGUCAAACUGAAAAAUGUAACGCAGUCAGCACUAACGGAACUCAAUCUAGAAAGCGGACACAAAAUCCUGUUCAACGAAAUACUGGCCAAAAUCAACAACUACUUCCCUAGGAAAUACAGGGAAUCCUUGGAAAUUCAAAAGCACCCCAACAAUCUCAACAGGGAUAAUGAACAAAAGAUCAGUCCAAUCUGGCAAUCCGUCCUCCCGGUUUCCAAAACAUGA